AUGAUCAAUCAAGAAAAUCUAUGUCCGAUUUGCUUAAAAUUAUUCAAUGAUCCAAGACGAAUGCCAUGUAAACAUAUAUAUUGUUUUAAAUGUAUACCACGAUUACAUCGUCGUGCUCUUGAUACUAAAGAUCAGAUCGUACUUGAAUGCCGCAUUUGUAUCAUGCAAUAUGCUUUUAAAAAUUGGUCAACAUUGAAACAUUAUGCUACAUUAAAUUGCGUACCAUACGUCGCUGCUUUACAAUUUGAUAAUGCAUCGACAUCAGCAACGAAAUCUUCUUGUUCGAUCUGUUUCAAAGUGAUCAACACAGAUCCAAAUGUGGACCACCUUGAAUUGUGUAUUCAUUGCAAUAAAAAGAUAUGUUGGGAAUGUCUUAUUGAUCAUCGAAUGGCGUUGAAGAAAAAUAUUCUUCAAAAUAUCAAUCAGUACCAUUUGUUUCUGAGAAACAAUCAACAUAUUGUUCAGCAGACAAAAACUAAACUUGAAAAUAUGACAAUACAUAUGGAUUUUUGUGCUGUUGAAUUAAUUGAUCAGAUUGACACAUACUGUGAGUCAAUAUUUACUCGAAUAGAUGAGCAAAAAUUUCAGGAAGAAACAAAUUCAAGUUCAGGUUAUGAAUCAAUAGCAGAACAACGAUCUUCUGAUUUGGAUGAAAGCAUGAAUGAACAAUCAGCUUUACAAAAUGAUAUUACAUUAACGGAACCAUCGGCAAUGCCUAUUCAUCUACUCGGAGAGCUCAUUUCAUCGGACUCAACUCUAUUAACUUUACCAACUGCACGCCUUCUCUGGUCAAUAACCUGUUCUGUACGUCCACAACAUAUUGUGUUUGAAUGUGAAUCUUUGAAAUUAUUUACUUCUAAUGAAUACGGUUAUAUAUCUGUUUAUAGUUAUACUAAAUUAAAUAUUUGUCUCAUCGAUACAUUUCACUUGGAAUAUAAUGAAAAAUCACAACCGAUAAUGAUCAAAUCAAUUGCAGCGUCGACGUUUUCUCUCGUUGUGUCAUUCUAUUCGUCGAUGGAAUCAAUUCUUCAUUUUUAUUCACAUAAAGGCCAUCUUCUACAUUCUAUAUCAUCAUCAAAUGAAUACAUUAGUCAAAUGCGUUUCGAUCAUAACAAUUUAUGGUGUCUCGAAUUAAUAUCAUCAACACUUUUCUAUUAUUCACUUGAAUCAAAUAAUAUUAUUGAUAAAAAUCUACCUGAACAAACACAAUUUAUUUUAUUUAAACAAAAAUCUUUUGAUCCAUUUCGAUUUGCUAUUAAUGAAUUAGUUGUUGCUAUUAUGGAUCGAGCAUUAACUGGAAUAAUUCUGCUAUUCAAUAAACAAACUGCUUCUUAUUUAAAACAAAUUAAAUGUCCAUUAAUUGGUUUUCAACCAUGUGAGAUCGAACUGACGAAUCAACUAUUAAUCUAUCGUUUUCCUCAUACUAUAUUAUUAACACAAUUAGACAAUGAACAAUUUAUAGAAGAAAUCAAUGCAAAUAAAAAUCUAAACAUAACUAAAUGUAAAUCGCAUAAAGAAAUUCUACUAAUCAAAAUAAGACACAAAAUGCCAAUAUUUACUCGUGAUUUCGUUUCAUGUCAUGUUAAUUCAUUCGAAUCACAUCUAUACAAAGAUCCAGUCAUGCUUAUUUGUAGUCAUGUUUUUUGUCGUUCCUGCUGUCUAGAAUUAGCUAAAAUGAGUAAUGAUCAAUCAAUUACAUGCCCAACUUGUUCAACUCGAAUUCCGUUUGAUAAUAUAGAUCGAUUUGCUAAUAAUCUCAUAUCACAUGGUACAUUAGCAACCAUGGUUCAACAAUAUUUACGAGAUGAAAAUAAUCAUCGUAUUUGUUCUUCAUGUCAGCAUAGCUACCGAAAUGAUAGUUUUGGUAAUCUGUGUAAAACAUGUAAAAUAGAUAAUGAAAAUGUGAAAACGAAAAUAAUGCAGAAAAUAGCUGAAUGUGACGAUUUAUUAGAAAAUUCAAUAGGUAUAUCGUUGGAAAGCAUUCAUGAACAGGCAAAUCAAUUAUAUGAAAUAAUUGAUCAACAAACAACAUCGUUUUUUCAACAAAUCGAUCAAUAUCAAGAAGAACUUGAAAAUCUAUUAACAACACAACAAAAAACAAAUGAUAUGAAUGCAUUGAAACAUCAACCUAUUGAUAUUGAUGCAGUAACAAGAUUAGUUGAACCGAAAUUGAAUGCUUUGAGUUAUAUAUUGCGUUUUAGAAGUUGCAACAAUUUUCUUGAAAAUAUCAACGUUGAAAAAGAAAUCAAACGUUUAAAUGAUGUAGCUGAUCGACAAUUACGAUUAUUCAAACAUAGAGCAGAUAUAGUACCCAUACUUAGUGCUCCAACAGAAAAUCCAUCCGACAAUAUUUUUGGUGAAUUUAUUUCCAAAUCGACUGAAUCUGAGUCACAAGCUUCAAGUUUAUCAUCUAAUCAAUCAAUGAUUAAUACUCAUGGUGAUACUUCACUUCAAUCGAUUCCACCAAAAUUACCCAUGUGGACAGUAGUAAUUAAAGCACUUCCAACUCAUCUAUGUGUUUAUCCACUUGGUAAAUCAACAAUAAUAUUCAGUUGUAGUACAACUGGUAGUAUAUCACUUCUGAGCUAUAUUUCUCCAGUUACAUAUGAUUCUCCACGUUACAUUCGAUCCUUUAAUCUUUUCCCGCGUCAUAUUCAUUAUGUUGUUCAAUCAUUUACGGUAUUUAAUCGUUUUAUGCUUGCACAUGUUCAUCGAAAAUAUGAUAAUGGCGCGCUUUUUUUCUUUACACACGACGGAAUGCUUGAAUAUGGACCUAUUGAAUUAUCAAAUCCCAUACGUCAAUAUAUGGCCGAUGAAAAUCGUCUAUGGGCAAUUGAUUCUAUAACACAAACGGUAUUUUUUCAUGAACAACCAUUAUUUAGAGAUGAUAUUUCAUCAAUACUUUCUAAACGUGAUAUAUUUAUUACGUUCGAUGAUCAAUCGAAUUUUGUUCCAAUUCGUAUGGCAUUAAAUCAGCAACUACUAGCUGUACUUGGUAAAGAUUUACAACAAGUUUUUAUUUAUAAUAAAAUAUCUCGUGAACGAAUAUUUACCAGCCAUUUCAGUGCUGGUAUCAAUAUGAAUAUAUGGGAUAUAGGUUUAUUUCCACGUGAUAAUAGUUUAUUACUUAAAUUUGAUUGGCAAUUCGAUGGAAAUGUAAAACGAUCUUUAUUCAUACAUUUUAAUACAAAAAAUCAAUCUGUUGGACGAAUCGAAGGAAAAUAUUGUUUAGGUUCAGUUAUUGGGCCUAAUAAAGAAAUAAUUCUAGGUCUAAAUCAUAGAACUGGUAUUAUUAGAUGCUAUACGUGA